CGUAGCACCAUCCACACAAAUACCACCUAUUCCGUUCAUCAAACUCUCCCUCAUUCCCAAUCGCCUGCUGAAAGCAAACUUAACUUCACCAACAUCUUCAAUAUGCCAAGUGCUCACACAUGGAGCAUUGCUAAGGAUCAGAAUUUGGUUUCUAUCCCCUCAGAAAAGGAUAAUCAUCCAUCCACAGAAUAUCCCAGCCUCACUAAUGAAUUUUACAUGGAACAUGCACAAAAACUGGAGGAAGUUAGGAGGGCACUCAAGGAGGUAGGAGAAGAUACAUUGGAAGCUUUGCUCAUGAUUGAUGCCAUCCAACGCCUAGGCAUUGACUACCAUUUUCAUGGAGAGAUUGAAGUGGUACUACAGAGACUACAUACGAAAUUUAACACUGUGAGUGAUUGCCAUAACAAUCUCUACGAACUAGCACUUGGCUUCCGGCUAUUGAGACAAGAAGGUUACUAUGUGAGUGCAGAUGUCUUUAACAAUCUCAAGGACACAGAGGGAAAGCUUCAAGAAAAACUAAGCGAAGAUAUCAAGGGAUUAAUGGGUUUGUAUGAAGCUUCGCAGCUAUGUAUAAAGGGGGAAGAUAUACUCGAAGAAAUCGGAAACUUCAGUAGCCAGCUUCUUAAUGCAUGGAACACGCACAAUGAUCACAGUCAAGCAAGAAUUGUUAGGAACACAUUAGGCCAUCCCCAUCAUAAGAGCUUGGCAAGGUUCAUGGCCAAAAGCUUUCUUAGCGAUUUUCAAGGCACAGAUGGAUGGGUAAAUGUCUUUAGAGAACUAGCAAAAAUGGAUUUCAAUGUAGUUAAAUCCAUACACCAGAAGGAGAUGCUGCAGGUUUCCAAAUGGUGGAAAGAUCUAGGUUUGGCCAAGGAGUUGAAGUUUGCAAGAAACCAACCACUGAAAUGGUACAUGUGGCCCUUGGCGGUCCUCCCAGAUCCAAGCUUGUCGGAGCAGAGGGUUGAGCUCACAAAACCCAUCUCGCUAGUCUACAUAAUAGAUGACAUUUUUGAUGUUCAUGGAACACUUGAUGAACUCACUCUCUUCACAGAAGCUGUCAACAGAUGGGAAUAUGCGGCUGUUGAACAACUACCAGACUACAUGAAGAUAUGUUUCAAUGCUCUUAAUGGAAUCACCAAUGAAAUAAGUUCCAAGGUCUACAAUGAUCAUGGGUGGAACCCCAUGGAAUCUCUUCGAAAGGCAUGGGCAUGUUUAUGCAAUGCAUUUCUAGUAGAAGCAAAAUGGUUUGCUGAUGGACACGUGCCAAAGGCUGAUGAGUACUUGAAGAAUGGGGUCAUUAGCUCCGGUGUACAUGUGGUGCUAGUUCAUAUGUUUUUUCUCCUGGGUCAUGGCAUAACCAAGAGAAAUGUAGACAUUGUGGAUGAUUUUCCUGAGAUUAUAUCUUCGGUCGCAAAAAUUCUUCGCCUCUGGGAUGACUUGGGAAGCGCCAAGGACGAGAAUCAGGACGGGCACGACGGAUCAUACCUGGAGUGCUACAUGAAAGAAAAACCAGGGACUUCCAUAGAAAAUGCCCGAUGCCAUGUUAUGCAUACCAUUUCAGAGACAUGGAAGAGCCUCAACAAUGAAUGCCUUGCUCCAAAUCCAUUUUCAACGUGUUUUACCAAGGCUUGUCUCAAUGUUGCAAGGAUGGUUCCUUUGAUGUAUAGUUAUGAUGAUAAUCGGUGCCUCCCAAGCCUUGAAGAGCACAUGAAGUCGCUUGUCUAUGAAAGUGUUUCCUCAUGAAGUAUUCUGUAGUCGAUGACAAUGUUAAAUUUUCAAGACUUAUAUAAUUGACAAAUAUCACAUAUAAAUAAAUAAAAGUGUAUAUGGUAUUGUCAACCUUCUGGAGAAUUGCAUUUUUCUUGAAAA